AUGGUUGGCCAGCUCAAGGCUCGUAAAGCAGCUGCAGUAGUUCUACAAAUGAUUAAGGAAGGUAAAAUCGCUGGAAGAGCCGUUUUGGUUGCUGGACCCCCCUCGACUGGUAAGACUGCCAUUGCAAUGGGUAUCUCACAAUCUUUGGGCAGCGAUGUUCCAUUCACAACUGUGGCAGGUUCAGAAAUUUUUUCACUCGAGCUAUCGAAAACCGAGGCCCUUACUCAAGCAUUUAGGAAGUCCAUUGGUGUUCGUAUCAAGGAGGAAACCGAGCUCAUUGAGGGUGAGGUUGUAGAAAUCCAAGUUGAUCGUUCCAUUGCUGGUGGUCAAAAGCAAGGUAAACUCACUAUAAAAACCACGGAUAUGGAGACUGUGUAUGAGCUUGGAACUAAAAUGAUCGACUCGCUAUCUAAGGAAAAGGUCACGGCAGGAGAUGUUGUUUCUAUCGACAAGGCUUCUGGAAAGAUCACAAAGCUGGGUCGCUCAUAUACUAGGUCGCGUGAUUACGAUGCCAUGUCUGCCGAUACCAAAUUCGUUCAAUGCCCAGAAGGAGAACUACAGCGACGUAAAGAAGUCGUUCAUACAGUCUCUUUGCAUGAGAUUGAUGUUAUCAAUUCUAGAAGCCAAGGAUUUUUAGCUUUGUUCAGCGGCGAUACAGGAGAGAUUCGUAGUGAAGUCAGAGAUCAAAUCAACACAAAAGUCAGCGAAUGGAGGGAAGAGGGCAAAGCAGAGAUUAUUCCUGGAGUAUUAUUUAUUGAUGAAGUGCACAUGUUGGAUAUUGAAUCUUUCUCUUAUAUCAACAGAGCUCUUGAAGACGAUUUAUCGCCUAUUGUUAUUAUGGCCACUAAUAGAGGCGUUUCACGUACCAGAGGUACCAACUACAAGUCACCUCACGGUCUCCCAGUUGAUUUGCUUGACCGGGUGAUUAUUAUUUCCACUACUCCAUACAACCCUGAAGAAAUCAAACAGAUUUUGUCGAUUAGAGCUCAGGAAGAAGAGGUCGAUGUGUCUGUUGAUGCCCUAGCCAUUCUAACCAAAAUUGGCGAAGAAACGUCAUUGCGAUAUGCUGCCAAUCUGAUCACUGUAGCUAAUCUUAUUGCGACAAAACGCAAGUCCCAAACUGUAGAUGUUGAGGAUGUUAAGCGAAGUUACUCACUUUUCUGGGAUGCUAAUCGUAGUGUGCAAUAUCUUUCUCAAUACUCUGAUAAUCUCGUCAACGACGCCGGUGCUGCCACUCUUGGCGGAGUUAAAACUAUUGCCAACCCAGCUGCUCCAGCACAAGCACCCGCCACUACUGCGCCUGUUCCAUCUACUACUCCAGCCACUACAACUGCCUCAGGUGAUACCAUGGAUACUACGUCUUAG